GUUGCCAUUCCGACCAACACGACGGCCACGACCGCCCCUCCCAAUCCGGUGCUCCGGACGAACCGGGGUGCGCAAGACUCAGUCGCCGCCGAAGCUUCAGCUGCCAGGCUGGUGCAAAACCGGACAGAGGUGGAGAAGCUGCAGAGACAGAAGGAAGAGGUCCUGCAGAGCCAGAUCGAUGAGGUGGCAGUGUCGGCCCUGCCCCGCAAGGGCAAACUGAGCCUGCAGUUGGCCAGCCGAGCGGCCGGAGGUGCUUUGCGCAACGCAUCCGCUGGCACUUCUUCCACGGCCAAGCUUUUGGAGUCUACGGCCGCCUCGACGGCGCCGUCUCCAUCCAAAGUCGUGCCUGCUACCACCACGGCUGCGGCUGAGCCGAAAACCUCACGACCGAGUGCGGCUCCUUCCAACACGACGACUGCAGCCGAGCGGAGAUCUUCACGGCCGAGCGCAGGAUGA